AAAAUCCUCUUGAGACCACUGGAUGACACAUAUAGUUAAUCGCAGGCGCAUGGUCAAUUAAAUCUUGAAUCAAAAUGUCGCGAGGAACCAGUGCAGGAUUUGACCGUCAUAUAACUAUAUUUUCUCCCGAAGGACGUCUCUAUCAAGUUGAAUACGCGUUCAAAGCUAUUAACCAAGGCGGACUCACAAGUAUUGGAGUACGAGGAGCGGACUCAGCAGUCGUUGUAACACAGAAAAAAGUACCCGACAAGCUUAUUGAUGCAUCUACUGUCACCCAUUUGUUUGAAAUUACCGAUAAAAUAGGAUGUGUAAUGACAGGGCUUAUUGCUGACUCAAAAUCUCAGGUACAGCGGGCUCGUUAUGAAGCGGCUAACUGGAAAUAUAAAUAUGGUUAUGGUAUCACAGUGGAUAUGUUGUGCAAGCGUAUGGCUGACAUUUCCCAAGUUUAUACUCAGGAUGCAGGAAUGAGACCAUUAGGAUGUACAAUGAUAUUGAUUGGCAUAGAUGAUGAGUUAGGACCUCAAUUGUUCAAAACUGAUCCUGCUGGAUACUACUCAGGUUUCAAAGCUUGUUCUGUUGGUGUUAAACAAACGGAAGCUAACAGUUUCUUUGAGAAGAAAAUGAAAAAGAAACCAAAUUGGACACAAGAUGAAACAAUACAGAUGGGUAUAAGAUGUCUUUCUUCCGUGUUAUCUAUUGAUUUUAAACCUACUGAAAUUGAGGUGGGAAUUGUAACCACGGAUCAACCCAGGUUUAGAUCCUUAAAAGAGUCUGAGAUAGAUGCUCAUCUGAUUGCAAUUGCAGAAAAGGAUUAAGAUUGGUCUAAAAUUUUCAAAAUGUCUGAUCCCUAAUGCUAUGUGACUGAAGGAAAUAUGGCACAGUAAUAAUAUUAAAGAGAAAGAAGAAACCCUAAAUUGUAUUUUAAAACCAUUUAUGCAAUAAACGUUCGCUUUUUUGUUUUGA